ACAAUUCUUCUCUCUCUGACUGUCUUCAUGUUGCUUGUGGCUGAGAUUAUGCCAGCUACCUCAGACUGCAUACCACUGAUAGGUCAGUAUUUUGUGAGCACCAUGGUUACCAUAGGGAUGUCAGUGGUUGCGACUGUAGUUGUACUUCAGUACCAUCACCACGACCCCAACAGUGGAGACAUGCCUCAAUGGGUUGAGUUGGUUCUACUCCAGUGGGUUCCCUGGUUUCUGAGGAUGAAGUGUCCAGAAGAGUGGGGUGAGCUCACACCCCACCACAGCCCCUCCAACCCCCAGACCAAGACCUGCUCCUCUGCCCCCACCACCACCCCAGCCCCCUUAACCUUCCCCCUCACCUCUCUGCAGGCCAGUCUAAGCCAGCUCAGCCAGCCCCUACCACACCCACCUUCCAACCCUACCCUCCAGUCCUAUCCCAACUAUAAUCCAAACCACCAGCCUAAUAUCCACCUUAACCCAAAUCGAUAUCCCCAGCCCCUUCUUAACCUACACCCCAACCUACACCCCAAUCUCCCCUCCAUCCCCCACGCUCAGCCCAAUGGACACCUGCCAUACAUGGGCUUCCAGAGUCCUCCUGAACCUGACCCUGCUGUCACCUGGAGAGGAGGAGGAGAAGAAAGAAGGGGUUCUGACACCCACCCACCCUCCUCCACAACGUUGGGUAGCCCCCCGCCACAACCCCCCACAUCUCCGGACCCUGACCCCUCAUCCUCAGGUUCCAGCUGUGUAGAGGAUGGGGCUGGGGCAAGUGUAGUGGGUACUUGCCAUGCCCAGGCCGGGGUGCUCCAGGCUGGGGAAGCAGAGGCCAUGGCCGAGGGCCGAGGGACUCAGUGAGCAGGACCGCAGGGUGAGCGUGGCGGAGAAGUGGCAGUUUGCAGCAGUGGUCAUUGACCGUCUGUGUCUGGUGGGGUUCAGUGUGUUCAACAUAAUUUGUACCAUCGCAAUCCUCAUGGCCGCAUCCAACUUUGCAGAGGCCGCCUCCAAGGACUUCUUCUGAGAAAGAGCCCCGCUGCUUCUAAAUCGUUGCCACCACUCCAAAAAAUAUAUAUCCAUAUUUCUGCCAAGAUGCGCUUUUAAGAUCAGAUUGACAAGUUACAAUGUAUAUUUAUUGCAUUUGAUGCAUUCAGAGUCUUGGGGAAUUUUCAUUUGGAGUAAAUGGAGAUUGGCAAACCCAUGCUUAAGCUU